AUGGCAUCAGCUGCUGCUCCUACUAUCCGUCGUAUUCCACCGCCACGCAUUUACACUUCUAUUAAUCGACGUCGAUCAACAACUGAAACAAAACAAACUUUUGUCUAUGAUAAUGAUGAUGAUCAUGAAAAAUGUCUUAUUCAAGAGAAUGAAUUACGUGAACUUAAUCGACGACAGUUAAUAAGAAUUCAAUUACUUGAAAAUGAUUAUCGACAAUUAGAUGAUGAUAUGGCUCAAUUACAAAAUGAACGUGAUCUUUUAUUAAAACAAAAACGAACAUUAGAAGAAGAACUUGACCGUUCAUCUUAUCAUGCGUCUGCUAAUGUUGAUCUUCAUGUCUAUACACAAAAACUUGAAAAUGAAUGUCGUGAUUUACAAUGUCAAAUAGCCAUGCGUGAAAAAGAAAAAAUUGAAUUAACUGAAAUGAUUACAGAUUUUGAAGUUCAAAUUAAACAAGCACAUAAUCGACAAGAAGAAUGGCGAGAUGCAUAUAAUGAACUUGAAACUCUGUUAACAACAGAAACAGAAAAUCGUCAAUGUCUUGAAAUUCAAUUAAAAGAAGUUAAUCUACGUCAAAAAGAAAAUGAAAAUCAAAUACUUCGUUUACAAAAUGAUUUAGAUGAAGUUAUUUUAACAAAACAAGAAAUUGUUAAAUCAAAUUAUAUCUUAGUUCAAAAUGCUGAAUCACUUCGUGAACAACUUCGAACAGUUCGCACUCAAGCAGCCGAAAUUCGAAUUAUUUCUACUUCAUCAAGUAUAUCAUUUGAUAAUCUUGAUGAAUCAUUACCAUGUCUAAUCUAUGAUAAUGAUAAUAAUGAUGAUGAUACACCAGAUUAUGAAACUAUCAAUAAUCAAUCUGGAACUUGUCAAUCAUCAUUAUUUAGUGAAAUAAAUUCUCUAGAAACAAUGUCAAAUGAAACUAUUACAAAAUGUCUUAAUGGUACAACAAAUGAUAUUGAACUUGAUUUACUUUUAGCAAAAACAACAACAGAUUCAUCUUCAUUAUCUUUAGUUAAUCAAUUAAUUAAUGAAGUGAAAUAUCUUUAUAAGGUUUUAAUUGAACAAACAAAUCAUGAUUGUCUUUUUAAUCAAGAACAAGAACGUUUAUUAAAUAUGAAAACAUCACUAAAACGUGUUCUAGAAAAUAUUCAAGUUUUUGAUACACGAUUUCGUAAAUUACAAUUAUUAUUGAUUGCUAGUCGAGAACAACAGCAAUGUCAUCAAGCUGAACUAGAUGAUUUCUUUCGUCUUGUUGAUAAACGUCUUCUAUCUGAAAAUGACGAAUCAUCUAAGAAUUCAACAAAUCAACAACGUCGUCUUAUAUCUAUUCUUGAAGCAUAUGAACAUGAACUUGAUCGUUUACGUCGAAUUACUCGUACUAAUGAUGAUACUAUUCGUUCAUAUGAACGACAAUUGGUCGAACAACAAAAUAUGACAAGUAGAUGGCGAAUGAAAAAUACAUUUUUAGAAAAAAAUCAACGAAAAUUACUUGAUAAAAUUAAAGAAUUGAAUACCGAACGUCGACAAUUAACUGAAUCAUCAACACAAAAACGAACUCGUCGACGAGCACAACAAACAAAUCAAGUCGAACAGCAACAAGAAAAGCCAUCAUUACUUUUACCACCAUCAUCAUCAUCCAAACCUGUAAAUCAUGAUCAUCGUUUAACACGUUCACGUUCAUUACCAUAUUUAAAAUCUUCUGAUAAUGGUCAUAAAUCACGUAAUGAUUCGGAUGUUGUAUUAACUGAUGAAAUCUUCAAUUCUCAAUCGAUAUCAAUAAAUUAUAAUCGUCGUCGUAUAAAACCUAAUACAACAAAUCAAUACGUUAUGCAUACAUCAAGUCAUGAUAUUCUCUAUCUAAAUCGUAGAUGA